AAGUCCUCAGUCAAAAACCCAACCGGCUGAUAUUAUGAAAGAAAGACAGCCUCUCGAGAAGGGGAGGUUGGGCAGCCGAAAAAAAAAAGAAGGGGGAAAACGGAGUCGUCUCCUCCUCUCAGCCUCCCUUCAUCCCCCGUUUUUCCAUCUCAUCACCAUCUUUGCUGACCAUCAUCAUCAUCGUCACCAUCACCAUCAUCGUCACCAAAAAGCCAUUGAAGAGGGAAGGGGUUCUGGCCACCGAACGGCCACAGAAGCCUGGCUAGAAGGGAGGAACCGAAAAGAAUCAGGGGAAGAAAACAGAUCUAGAUUCUGGCCGGUGGCGGUUUUUCUUUUGGGAGAGCACGGGUGCUGGUUUGUGGUGUAAGGACGGAGUAACACUGAAGGAUCGAACGGUCGGGGAUGAACGGAUUCUUGUCUGGAGGCGAAUUUGGUGGCCGGUCAACAGGGAGAGGAACGGUGGCUUGAAGGUUCAGAAAACGGUCCUUGCUUUAGGUAACUCUCUAGAACAGAGGGGUUUUCGGAGAGGAUGGUGAAAGAGAUGGACGGAACAGGUUCCGUGGGAGGGAUCCCUCCCUCCUGAUCCCGAUCUGCUCUUCUCCAGAAAACUCCGCCUUGGGUGUUCUUCGUUUUUGAAGUUUUUGUAUUGUUCUGAUGGCUGUCAUUUAAAUUUGUAUGAAGUUGUUAAAAGAGCAAUGAUAUUCAAUGAUCAGUUGUCUUCUUACCCGCAUUUAGUGGUUGGAUGCUGGAAUCUUGAGUUUGAACCGUGCUGUUUUGUUAAAUUCGUUUUUUUCAGAAUUAAACCCUAAUUUUCCUU